UGCCUUCAGAAAAUGGGGCUUCCAGGUGUGGCACUGCCAGCUGAGGUUCUGCCCUCUUGAAGCAAAUGCAGUCCCAAGGGCCCAUCUUCGUGGGCCUGCCUCACCUGGGACCCAUCCUGUUCUGGUUGUUCACCCGAUAUUCAGUGACCGACUGGUGCAAGGGCUUGAGGACCCUGUCCUGGUGCCCACCCUACAAGACUGUACUGCUGGUGUGGACAACCAUCUACUCUCUCAUGGGCCCUCCUUCACAUCCCAGCCCCCUGGCCCUCAGAGGAUGCGCACACCACGUUUCCCGCAUCCUUACUCCAGCCUCCUCCGGGAACCGCAGGACACCCUCCACUGUGUUUCUGCCACCUUCUCUCCCCAGCUACGCCUCCUACCUGGUAUGGAGGGACCUCGGAGGGGGCUUUAAGUGGCGCCUGGCCCUGCCCCUUGGCCUCUACGCAGUCCAGCUGCCCAUCAGCUGGGUCGUCCUGAUGCUCUUCCUGGGGGCUGCCAACCCUGGCCUGGCGCUGCUACAUCUGCUUCUGCUCUACGGGCUGGUGGUGAGUAUGGUGCUGGUCUGGCACCCCAUCAACAAGCUGGCUGCUCUGCUGCUGCUGCCCUACCUGGCCUGGCUCACGGUGAUUGCCGUCCUCACUUACCGCCUCUGGAGGGACAGCCUUUGCCCCAUGGCCCAGCCUCAGCCCACAGGGGAGACUUGCAGCUGAGGCUGCAGGGCACAGGAGACAAGGGAGGAGGCUGGGGUUGGGGGCCGGAGCAUACCAGCCAGCCCUGGGGCCAGGGCAUGGCCAACAGGGGCACCCUCCUGGGCCCCCCCUGCUGCCUUCCCUUAAAAUGGGAAGGGAAGAAAUGUUUUUAUACUCUGAUAAUAAAAUUGUGUUGGUA